UCGCCGAUUCAUAGACAUACCAGUGUGUAUUCCGGUUCACUGGCAAUAACACUAACCACAGAUCAAUCAGGCGAACGUUUAAUUUCUUAGAGCAACUCGUUCGUCGUACGUUACUCAACUAAUAUUGGUAUUAGAUUCUCUUGUUUAAAUUUGCCGACUAUACCAAUUGCUGUACAUCUGUGUUACCAUAAAAUGUUAUCCAGAACACUAGUGUGCGUGUUCCUUCUAACUUGCCGGAGCAACGCUGCUCCAACGGCGAACGAGCGUAUGACGUUGACGAAGAUGAUGGCGGAGGAUCUCGACGGUACGGCCAGUGGCUACGUGUACAAUCAGCAACAGGGUAUUCCGGUUUACUACGUGCAGUACAGCAAUCACGGAAGUGGACGGUACUACCAUGCACCGGACGUCGUGCAGUACGUUGCUACACCUGUUGCACACAGUGUUCCUGAAACGACGCUUUUGCACCCCUAUGUAAGCACCGAGGAUGUUCUGCUCUCCAACCACCAAGGAACUGUCAAUUACGGUAACGAGCGAUCGCUGGAUCAUUCAGUGGCCCCUACCAAGCCUCUGCUACGCGUCCCGUAUUACGUUGAUGGAAAGGUCGUCGAGAACGAGGGGAAUGACAAAGAAGAAACACAGGAGAAGAGUGGCGUCGAGGAUCAUGGUAACGAGGAAAGUAUGGAGGAUGAUAGCGACGAGGAAGGAGGAGAGGAAGAGAUUGAUCAUCGGGAUGAUAUCGAUGGAGAGAUUCACGAUGGAUAUCACGGUGGAUCGAUGAAAAUGUUCGACCAUGGUGAUGGUUACGAUCAUGAGGCAAUCGGUGGAUCUAAGGGUGAUGAAGGUUUUUUGGAGGAAGGAAAGGGAGAGAAACACGCGAAUGAAGAGUAUUCGAAGAAAGUGGUGAAGGGAGAGAAGGGAUAUAAAAAGGAGAAAGAGUUUAGUAAAGCGGAAUCUGGUAGCGACGAUAAUGGACACGAGGAAGGAUACCAUAAGAACGGAGGUAAACACAAAAAAGGACACGUGGUCGAAGAUGAAAAACAUGGUUCCCGCGAGGAGGCAGAGAAAGGCAAAGAAGGAAGUAGUUACGGGCAUUCGUCCUACCAUAAGAAGGGGCAGAAAACUAAUGGUUUCCACAAUAUCUAUCACAAGGAUGAAUACAAGAAGGAGACGGACUUUUACGACGAUGAUUAUAAGAAGGGUGAUUUCGAGGAGCACGAGGAAUUCGACACAGGUUACAAGACCGACGAGGGUGAUUUUAAGAAAGGCGGACAUCAUUCUUCUGGACGUGAUUAUCAAGAUCAUGGAGAGAAAGGAAGUUACGAUAAGGGACACUAUGACAACCAGGACCAAGGUCAACAGGUCGAAGAAGGCGAAAAAUCGCAUUAUUCAAACCACGAGGAUUAUAAUGUCGAAGAGGAUUCAAAAUCGGAUAGAAUAUACAAGUUCCAUAAAGGAGAUGAUUGAUCGAUAUCGUAUCAUUUACUGUAUCAGUGAUAUUAUAAGCCGUGUUAUUGUUUUGUUUAUAUCGUAAACUGCGUUCCAUAAUAAUAAUAAUAAAAAAAAUA